AUUCUCUUUGAAAAUUUCGCGAGAACAAUUUAAGGAAAAAAAAAUUACUCCAAAACAAUUGCAAAAUUAACACUGAACACUUCAAGAAUCCGAUUCAAACUGUAAGUUUCGAGAGUGCAAAUACGUAACGCAGUUUCGCUCUUUUUCCAAGGCUUUACGAUAUGUGAAUUCUUUACAUGUGAAUUUGAGUCUUACAUUUAAAGUAGCUGUAUACAUUGAUUACAUUAUAUAUAUUUUUUUAACGUUUGGUUAAAUUAACGUGACAAUAAACGAAUCAAACACGUCUUGUUCAACCAAGAAUUUUUCCGCGUGUUUUCUUAAGAUACGAUUGUGAUAUAAUAUGUACAUUUGGUUUUAAAGCGAUUUGAACAAUUUUUGUUUUUCAAAUUUGUAACGUAACUGAAAUGACACGCUUUCAUUAGACUAUCGGCUACAUUCUGACUUCUUUGGAAAAGCUGUAUUUGAAUCAUCUUGAAAUCGAUACAUAUGUAUUUCUCGCAUUUUCUCAUUGGAUACGUAACAAUAUUAACCUUGAUAAUCGCUCGCAUUCGCUAUGAUAGUAUCAUUGUUUACGAAAUGUAAUGUCAUCAUCCAGCCCUCCCACGUAACAUUUACGGUAAAGCCUUAUCUACUACAGCGAAUUACCAAGUCACAUAACGUCGACUACUUAGUAGUACGUGCGGUAGUGCACACGGUGCACAGUUCGUCUUGCGGCCAAUUGGCGGAUUGACGUUGCCAAUUUUUGAAAUUAUUUCGUCGAAAUGGAUAAUCAAGAUAAAGAUUUCGAUAACAAACUUUAUUUCAAGUGCGUGAAUGUGCGUGAUACCGAGGCGACGGACGAUGUGAUUUGCGCGAAUAAAAUGGAUACCUGUCGCAGCGGUAACGUCACGGCAAACAUGAAAGGAACGAGUGAGUUUUUUGUCAAGUAUCGUGGCCGCGUUUAUGAUGUUAAUUCUUUCUUGAAUAAUCAUCCUGGCGGAAAGAACACACUCGGACGUUUUAAGGACCAAGUUUUAGACGGAGCAUUAGUGAGACAUCCGCAUUCUAAAUCAGCUUAUUACCUUCUCGAAGAGUUUGCUGUGCACCGCCAAGAGAGAUAUAACGAAUGUGAAGAUUUGGUGAAUUGGGAUGCGCCGAUUUUACGACAAGUAGGCCUUAUGGGCGACCGAUAUUGGGAAUGGGUGAACUUGCCGGUGAACCGACCCAUCCGAUUUUUUCAAUCGGAUAUUUUAGAAAUAUUAUCGAUCACGCCGUGGUAUUUGGUGCCGAUCGUGUGGAUUCCCAUAGUUACGUAUUUUAUUUACGUGGGAUGUGUCCUGAACAUUUCGACGAACCUCGUCGUUUCAUCACAGAGGAUCUUAAUGUCGUUCACUCUGGGGAUUCUUAUAUGGACCAUCAUGGAAUAUUUCGUGCAUCGAAAAAUAUUUCAUCUCAAACCACCGCAUAAUUCAAAAUUAUUAAUUACUUUACACUUCUUAUUUCAUGGAAACCAUCACAAGGCACCGUUGGAUGGACGGAGAUUAGUGUUUCCACCGGUAUUUAGUGUCAUUGUGGCGGGGAUACUUUGGUAUAUUUAUAAAGCCAUAUUUCCUGUAACGAUGGCCCAUCUCAUCGCAGCUGGUAACAUAAUGGGAUAUCUCUGUUAUGACUUGACGCAUUAUUACUUGCAUUAUGGAGCUCCGAAAAUUGAUUCAUAUUUAUACACGAUGAAAAGAAGACACAACUAUCAUCAUUUUAUAUAUCAUGAACAAGGAUUUGGCGUUACCAGUGAAUUGUGGGAUCGGUUGCUCAACACGGAUCUAAUUUUGCGAAAAUUAGAUAAGCCUUUACUGUGGUGAAGCAAAACAAUGUAUCAACGUUUACAUAUUUAUUAAUAUUUAGGUUAACAUUUUUGUAAGAUAAAUUAUUCAUCAUUG